AUGAAAGCUGUUCAAAUCCUAGGCGACGUGUCGUCCCCAAAGGUCGUCACCAACUAUUCUAUGAAGUUACCGCUUCUACAAAACGACGGAAUUCUCGUUCAAGUCCAUGCGGCUGGGAUCACUGGCGACGAAAUUAUGUGGCCGGAGCCUUAUUCUGUUGAAACCCGGAUCCCAGGACAUGACAUUUCGGGCACCGUCUACGCAACCGGUCCGGAAUAUCACGGCCCUCUGAAAGUCGGUCAAGGAGUUUUUGCUCUGCUCAAAGCUGACCGAGGACAAGGCCAGGCUGACUAUGUUGCCUGCCUCCCGGAUGAAGUCGCCCCAAAACCAAGUUCAUUGUCCCACGACGAAGCGGCAGCUCUACCGAUUCCGCUUCUCACAGCCUGGGAGGCGCUCUUGGACCAUGCCCAGGUGAAGUCUAGUAUGCGGGUGCUCAUCACUGGUGCGUCUGGUGCAGUUGGUAUGCUAGCUACCCAGAUUGCUUCCAGGAGGCUGGGUGCUCAUGUAAUUGCGCUGGCUUCAACGAAACAACAUGAGACACAGAGACAACUUGGUGCAUACGAGGUGUUUGAUUACAACACUCCAGAUUGGGAACGACAAAUCAAAAAUGUGGAUGUGGUUUUCGAUACGGUGGGUGGAGAUAUCUUGGCUAAGACGUGGGAAACGAUCAAGGAUGAUGGGACAAUCGUUACUGUUGGAGAUCCUGCGCCAGUCUGGGCAUUUGGGGGAGGUCAAGCCCCCGAGUCUGCGGAUCAUCCCAAUGUGCGAUAUGCCCAUUUUAUUGUUUCUCCUAAUGCUGAGAGGAUGCAAGAGUCAAGUAAAAUGAUUGAUGAUGGGAGUCUUAAGCCACUGGUAGUCAGGUCAUUUCCUUUCCAUGACGCAGUAAAGGCCUGGGAGUUUUCUCGGCAGAGAAACCGUGGACAAAAGGCAGUGAUCAACUUUGCGGAAAGGGAAGGUCCAUUAGCUUAG